AUGAAAUACGACGUUAUCGUGAUCGGGGCCGGCUCCGGCGGUUGUGUGGUGGCAUCCCGGUUGGCCGAGGACGCAAACCGCUCGGUGCUGCUGCUUGAAGCCGGCCCGGACUAUCCCGACUACCAGUAUUAUCCGGACGACCUGAAGUACGGCUACAAGCCUGACGCCUCGGCCCAGGGCGCUCCCCACAACUGGACGUGGUGGGCUCAGGGUUCUGCGGAGCAGGCCAAUAUGCUGCCAGCGCCUCGCGGUAAAGUGGUGGGCGGAACCAGCGCCAUCAACGGACAGGUGUUGUUGCGUGGCGUCCCGGAGGACUACGACGGGUGGGCCGCUGCGGGGAACGACCAGUGGUCGUUCCUGGACGUGCUGCCAUUUUUCCGGAAGAUGGAAACCGACCUGGACAUUAGCGACGACUUCCACGGCAGCGAAGGGCCGAUUCCGGUGCGGCGAUUCAAGGCGGAAGACUGGUUGCCGUUUCAGCAAGCAUUUGUCCAAUCCUCGUUGGCAGCGGGCUAUCCGGAAGAUUACGACAUGAACGCUCCGGACUCCGGUGGUGUCGGGCCGAUCCCGAUGAACAACCCGGAGGGAGUGCGCAUGAGCACCGCCCUCACCUUCCUCAGCGCGGUGCGGCACCGGCUGAACCUGACCGUGCGCGCCAACGUCAUGGUGCAUCGGAUCCUGUUUGAAGGGAAAAAGGCAGUGGGUGUGGAGGUGGAAAGCGGUGGCGAGGUUUACCAAAUCGAGGCCGGCCAGAUUGUGCUUAGCGCCGGCUCGAUGGCAUCGCCGCAGCUGCUGAUGCUUUCAGGCGUCGGCCCCGCCGACCACCUGCGAGAGCUCGGCAUUCCAGUGGUUCACGAACUGCCGGGCGUGGGCCAGAACCUGCGCGACCAUCCGAUUGUGGCUGUAAUCUGCCAGGUUCGCGACGAUCAUCCCCAGGACCCGCUGGCGCCCAGGUCCCAAACCGCCCUGCGGUACACGGCCACCGGCUCCGCCGACCGCAACGACAUGCAGAUUACGGCUUCCUCAUUUUCGUCUCCUAUUGGCGGCGCAGACCCCUUUGACCCCGAAGGCGUCCGCUUCAACUGCAUCCUGGAACUGGCCGACGGGGCCGGCCAGGUGAGGCUCUCCGCCAACGAUCCCAGCGUCCAGCCCUCCCUGAACUAUCGGUACCUGGAGUUGGCGCGGGACCGGGAACGGCUGCGCGAGUCCGUAAGAAUCACCGUCGAUUUACUCCGGCACGAAUCAUUCAGUCCGAUCGUGGAACGAAUCCUGCAACCCACGGAGGAAGACCUUGCUUCCGACGAGGCGCUGGACAACUGGAUGCUCAGGACGGUGUUCAACACCACCCAUGCGUCUGGCACCUGCAAGAUGGGUCCGGCCACCGACGCGAUGGCAGUCGUGGACCCGUUCCUCAACAUUCACGGUCUGAUAAACGUCAAGGUGGCCGAUGCCUCGGUGAUGCCCAACGUCAUCAGGGCCAACACCAACUGCACCACCAUAAUGAUUGGCGAACGGUGCGCCGACUGGGUCAAGGCCGGUCAAUGA